AUGCUACAUGUCAAGUCUAAUAUAUUUACAACUCUGGUUUCAGUUGAUUGGCACAUUGAUAACUUAUGUGAUGUUCUUCUUUUAUCGCAAGCAAUGUUCGGGAUUUUCCCUAUAUGUGGAUUACGACACUUGAACUCAGCUCAAUUGUCAUUCAAAUAUCGAAGUUUUUCUUUCAUUUACUCGAUGCUUAUUCAAUGUGGAAUCGUUUUGAUGUUCACAACAUCAAUUUAUAAGCAACUCAACAGCCGAAUUGAAUACUCGAAAGCUGGUAAAAGACGAAUUUGGUUUUGCUUUUGA